UUCUUUUUUUGGUGUUUAGUUGUGUGGAUGUAGUUUCCUAUUUUUUUUUUUGUUGUUGUUGUUGUUGAUGAUUUUUCUGCGGUUGUUUUCGUUGUUAUUGUUGUAGUUUGGCUCAAUUUGGAUUGUCUUAACAUCAUCAUCAUCAUUAUCAUCAUCAUUACCCGAUAUGUUCAUCAAAUGUUUGAAGAAUCUAAUAUAAGCAGCAACAAAAACAAUACAUUGAACAUUUUACAAGAUAUAUUAAUGAUCAAUACAAGAAGGAAAUACUUCAAUUAUCCAUUUAGAUUCAUCUAUCUUUUAUCCAGCUAAAUUUAUUUAAUAUAUUAUUAUUAAUAUAUCAUCAUUGAUACAUUUACACUGAUUCAAGUUUCAGAAAAAAAGAAAUGAGUAAAUGACCAGAAUCAUUUUUAUUAAAUGAUUAUAUUGUUUAUUGAAAAAAUACAGCUAAAUAAAUGCGGUUAUCAUGUCUUCAUCUGCGACAGUUUCGAAUCCCGUUCCUCCACCACCACCUACAACCACUACGCAACCAUCACCACAAACAUUAGUGAAAAAUGAUCUGAAACAAAUUGGCAUCUGUUUACCUUCGAAUACACAAAUGGAAAUUGCUAAUACAGCUAAUUCAUCAACAGGCCAAUCAUUAAAUCUGUCAUAUUCAAAUGCAACAAAAAAUGUUGUUACUAAUAGUACAAAUAAUUUCUAUACAACUGCAACAACAGCAGGACAAUUUCAAAUGAGUUCCCUUAGUGUUAUGGUGGCAAAACUGAAUCCAGCACGACAACAGACGGUCAUCCUACAGCCACGUAUCAAUACAACUCGUGGAGCUACGUUACAGAUACAGAAUUCAGUUCGCAAUUCAUCGGGAAAUUCAUUACCAAAUUCUCAGACAAUAUCGACGUCACUUUCAUCAUCAAAUUCAUCAUCGAUCUCGGUACGAACGAGAGUAAUUGGUGGUCAAGGCAAUCAUGCCAGUACGACAAUACCAUUGUCAAAUCUUUCAGCUGUAGCUGCAUCAUCGAACACUACUACUAGCGGAUCAUCGAAUACAUCGUCAAAUGUGACGACAAAUUCAAUGAAACAGAUGCUUACUGGUCAGAAAUUUAUAACUGCAAGCAAUGUCGAAACAGUGAAUCUAAUGAUUUCCAAUCCGAAUGAAGUUCGUAAUCUGAAAACAAAUGUACAGAAUAAUGAAAUCAAAUCCUUGUACAAGAUAAAUGGCCCAAAACAAUUGACUGGUUCAACAACAGCAACGGCUGCUUUGGUCACAGCACAAACCACACCGAAAAUGAUCAGUAUAAACAAUGCGUCUGGACAUCAAUCAUGUGCAGCGACAACUACACGUUUUGGCAUAUUAAGCAGUAAUGCUAAUGCCAAAUCAGCUGUAAUUAAUUUGCCAAAAAAUUUUAUCAUAACACCAACGGGAGCUUCCGGUAUUGCCAAUAUGGUUAGCAUUAGUUCGGCAAAUUUUCCCGCCAAUCGAAUACCACUUUCUAGACAGCAUACAGUAACGACAACAUUAUCGGCUAUUCAGUCAUCCAAUUCGACAUUACCAUCUACAACGACGACGACAACAGCAACAGUAACAGCAAAACCAACACCGACAACAAUAUACACAGUGAAUACAACUAAUCAGACUGCAGCAAAUGUAUUAAAUAAUCCGAAUAUUAUCACAACAUUACAGCCGAUUAUGACUAAUCAACAACAAUCGAAUAGUCAUCAAACAUCGAAUAUUAUAUCGACUUCAAGUACGACAUCUUCGAUUGCUAUUGCCAAUAAUAAUAAUAAUAAUACGACAAAACAAGCAAUGAAUAUUCAAACAAUCAAUAGUAUAUCGCCGAUAAAAUCAACGACAAUCAAUUUGUCAUUUCCAAUACAUCACCAUCAAUCUAUGACACCGAGUUCACCUAGACCUAGGAUAUUGAGUCGAAAACGGACGAUAACCGAAACACCAACAACGAUCACGAUCAAACCGAAUAAUAUUAAUAGUAAUAAUAAUACGACAAACGGAUCAUUAGCAUUUGUUACAACAGCAACUGCUGCCAAUAAUCCAUCAUCAACGACAAAAAAUCAACAGCUUCCAAACAUAACGAAUGAUAAAUCCAUUAUUAAUGUAAACAUUCUAGAUACGAAUAAAAUCGAAACUAACAACAACAAAAGCAGCAGUAACAACAACAACAACAUUGUUCAAAAUAGUCAAAAUUAUAUCGAAAUUAAUAAUAAUUUGACACCGAGGAAAAAACCUCGUAAACAAUUGUUGGAACCUUCAUCAUCGAUAAGCAAUAGAAAUAAAUUUAUCACCGGUUCAUCAUCAUCUACUAUUGUCAUUCAUCAGCCAUUAAAUAAUGAUCAACAUCAAAAUCAUCAUCAAUUGUUAGUCAAUAAUCAUAAUAACAAUGAACAGCAACAAUUAUGUUUGAAAAAAACUGAAUGUAAAGAUAUACAACAACCGAAAUUAAUGCACAUAAAGAAACCUCGUUUAUCAAUUAUAAAUUAUCAUUCGAAUGGUAAAUUGCCUCAAUUUUCCAGUUAUAAUGAUGUAAAACCAAAAAAUGAUAAAAAACUAACAUUACAAGAUUUAUUGAAUGAUGUACGUAAACAGAAUGAGUGGAAAGAUAUUAUUCUAACGGACCAAUGUAAAAAAUUGGCCGAUGAUGAAGAAUCAUUUACGCUCAAACGAUUAGAAUUAUUAUUAUCCACAUUGGAAAAUGAAAUAAGUCCAUUUUCUAAAUGUGCAGCAAUGACGACAUUAUAUGAUGAGAUUGAUAAUCAGCCACCACCACCACAACAACAACAACAACGAACGUCAAAGAUUAAUUGUAUCGAUCGGAAAUGUGUCCGUAUCAAUGAUAUAAUCCGUGCAAACAUACAAAGAUCAAAAGUACUUUGUGAACAUUUUAUUGAUUGUAAUCAGAUCAUACAUAGAGUGACCUAUGAACAUAAGGAUAAGGUUACGAAUCUCACAAAACGUUUGAAUAACAAACGUAGUAGUAGUAGUUAUUCGAAAUGAUUAAAAAAAUAUAUUUUCAUAUAA